AUGGAAUUUUUUAACCCUGCUAUUAACAACAAGAACAUCACCUUUGUGCGGCCUGCUUUUUUCAUUAUCACAGGUUUAUCAGGCAUCUCUAACAUCAAGCACUACUAUGUCUUUCUGUUUAUCGUCUACAUUGUCUCUGUGAUUGGCAACUCUUUCGUGAUGGCUGUCAUAGUUUUGGACCAUAACUUAAAAACUCCAAAGUACAUGGCUGUUUUUAACAUGGCUUUUGUCGACUUAAUUGGCAACACUGCUCUCGUGCCCAAACUCCUGGACAUUUUCUUGUUCAACCGACCGUUUAUUCGCUACAAUGACUGCAUGACUUAUCUAUUUUUCUGCUACACCUGUCUCUCAAUGCAGUCUUUUAACCUGGCUGCUCUUGCUUAUGACAGACUGAUGGCUAUAAGUUACCCGUUGCACUAUCAAGUCAAGGUCACUAAUACAUUUAUGCUUGGUUUGAUAGGAUUUCUUUGGCUAUUCAUCAUACUCGCUGUUCUAAUUGCGGUUGGACUCAUUACAAGACUUUCGUUUUGCCAGUCUGUUGUUAUAAAUAGCUAUUUUUGUGAUCAUGGUCAAAUUUAUAGACUUUCUUGCAAUGACCACUUCCCCAGUUAUGUUGUGAGCUGCUUAUAUCCCAUACUAAUAUUCUGGCUUCCACUGGCAUUCAUUUUAUUUAGCUAUUUAUACAUUGGAUUUACACUGGCUAAAGUUGCAACAGUGCGUGAAGGACUCAAAGCAUUUAAGACAUGCAUUGGUCAUCUAUUACUAGUGGCAAUUUAUUUUAUUCCAUUACUGAUUGUGUUUACUUUAAUGGAGAAAAUACAGCCAAAUGCGAGAAUUAUAAAUCUCUCUAUGACGUCAGUCUUUCCUCCGAUGUUGAACCCGAUCAUUUAUGUGCUGCAAACCCAGGAAAUCAAAGACUCGGUAAAGAGAUUAUUACAUAUGUGGAGAAAGUCUAAAAUAGCAAGGGCCACAGUCUCAGGCCAGUUCUAUUUCAUAUAUUCCCAAAUGGAGUUUUUCAAUUCUGCUCUGGGCAAGAACAUCAGCUUUGUGCGUCCUCCGUACUUCAUAAUAACUGGUUUGAUUGGGAUUCCUCAUGUGAACUAUUACUAUGGCGUUCUGUUUUUUAUUUAUGUUGGAAGCGUGAUUGGAAAUAUCUCAGUGUUGGCUGUCAUCAUUUUGGACAAUCACCUAAAAAGUCCUAAAUAUAUUGCUGUAUUUAAUUUGAUCUUGACAGAUCUGUUAAAUAUUAGUGCUUUGGUACCAAAGGUUAUUGACACGUUUCUAUUUAAGCACAAUGUGAUUCCUUAUGGUGAGUGUUUAGUGUACAUGUUGUUCAAUGUGGUGUUUGUGUCAAUGCAGUCUCUUAAUCUGGUUGUUCUUGCCAUUGAUAGACUAAUAGCUAUUGCUGCUCCUCUUCAUUAUCACAUCAGAAUUACAAAACAAUGUAUCAUAAGCUUAAUUGCUUUUUUCUGGAUCUACUCCUUCACUCUUACUCUGGUGGCAUUGGGUCUCAUCACAAGAAUAUCCAUUUGUGAAUCUGUUAUUCUAGCGAGUCAUUACUGUGACCAUGGCCCCAUCUACCGCCUUGGCUGUAAUGACGUGACCCCAAGCCGUGUCAUUGCUACUUUUAACCCAGCCUUAAAACUCUGGGUUCCUCUGGUUUUCAUUGUAGCGAGUUAUGUUUAUAUUGGUUUCACUAUAUUCAAGAUUUCAGUGCCAAAAGAACGAGUCAAGGCCCUGAAAACUUGUUCAGCUCACCUCAGCCUGGUUGCAAUAUACUACAUUCCAUUUAUAUUUGUGUUUCUGUAUGGCUCAAAAGUUCCUACCAAUGCACGAAUUAUGAGUCUGUCUAUGACCACUAUUGUACCACCAAUGUUAAAUCCAAUCAUUUAUGUUUUACAGACCAAAGAAAUACAGGAUUCAAUAAAAAAGCUGCUUAAACUUAAAAGGUUAUCAGUGGUGGAAACAAAAUAA